GAAUUGAUGGCAGCAAUACUUCUGGGUCGUGGGUUUAGCUAUUUUGGUGGCAUUACUUGUAGGACUGUCAAUAUUAGGAACGUUCUUAAUUUGGAGAAAAAGACAGCAAAACUUGCAUUCAUACAAGCCAAUGAAUCAAAGGGUGGCAGCAGAAG